AUGUCUGAGGCCUGCAUCUGCAUUGAGCUUUCUUGGGAAAUCUGCGAUGAUCCGCACCUCUUUGUGGAUGGGAUCAGCUCCCAUGACUUACACCAGGGCCAGGUUGGGAACUGCUGGUUCGUGGCUGCCUGCUCCUCCCUGGCAUCCCGGGAGUCUCUGUGGCAGAAGACGGGAGGGCACCCAGAGGAAGCCCCGGAGGGUGUUUUGCGUCACCGGCCCGGGUUGCCUAGCACCGCUGGGACCGUGGAGAGGGGGCACCAGCUCUGGGAGGGCUUGUAGUUUUUCCCCCUUGUGUUGUCCUGUUUGAGAGCCAGACGUUGCUGAGGACGUAGCAGAGGAGCAACCGAGGUGAUGGCAGCCGCGGCAGGGAUGCUCGAGCUGCCCUUCGUCCGCGACGACCAGCUCACCCGCUGCAUGCGACUGCGGUUCCAGAGCCUGCAGCAAAAAAACGUCAGGCCCCAGGACGGCGAGAAGCUGCUGCGUCCCAACGAGCACGUCUACCGAGUGGAUUUCACCCGGCAGCACAACCUGCGCUUCCUCCGCUGGAACAUCCAACUGGAGAGACCCGGGAAGGUCACGGUGACCGGCACCUCCCAGCACUGGACUCCUGAUCUCACCCACCUGAUGAACCGGCAGCUGCUGGAGCCGGUGGGCAUCUUCUGGAAGAAGCCAGGGGCCAAGGAGGUGGAGUGCAACGAGGCGGACGCCCAGGAAUUUGGGGAGAGGAUAGCGGAGUUAGCCCAGAUCCGCAAGGUGAUGUAUUUCCUCCUCGCUUUCGCCGACGGCCUCGAACCAGCUCAGCUGAAGGGCUCCAUCGUUUUUAAAGCCUGAUCCCCUCUUGCUCAGCCCUUCUCACUCCAGCUGUGCUUUUGUCUUCAUUUUUUUUUUCUUUCUCGCAGUUCAGUUUUUACACGGUUCUUUUAUCUUUUUUUAUGAGGGAUGGUGUCACGGAAAAGUGGAGGACAGCUUAGAACUUCUGGAGCCCCUCAGCCCUGAGAAAC